GUAUAAGAUAGUUGGGAUGGAAUUCACAGGUAAAUUGUGUCUAUAAAUAGCUGGUGCUUUGGACUGUCACUUGCUGUUACCUGAGCUCUAUAAUUUGGCACCCCAGGCAAAAGUGGUGGAAUUUUUCACGACACUUGAAUACAGGACACUGUCUUUAGCAGUUUAGCAGCCAGCAUUGAAUACAAUAGUUGAGAUUAAUUCUUAGAGAUUGAAUUGAAGAAUUGUAAAUCUGAUUAUUGAAAAAAGGACAGGAUUUUUCAAGACUUGAGUCUGAUAAGAGACAAUUUUGGGGUUUUAAGAGCCCAGGAGUGGAAAAGGCAGAUAAAAGAAAACUGCAGGCAUGCAGAUAUGUGACAUUUCCUUCACGACUUCAGAUUUCUCAAGUUUGUGUUUUCUUCUUUUAGCAGGCGGGGCCUAGCUGUAUAAUCAUCGCAACAUGUCUGAUGGUGCCACAAAACUUGAUGAUGAUGGCAGUGUGCAGUCAGGCAUAAAACGAGCAGGACGCACCAGAAUCUGCAAACAGUGCAAAUACACCACUACUGAUGUGCGUGAAUUUUCUAAUCAUCGACUUCACGCUCAUGCUGAUGAAAAUAACGACGAAAGUAAGACUGUGACUCGUAAAACCAAUUUGAGGAGAAAAUCGUCUGCUGCAAGUGAAAAAUCUAUCGUGACACCUACCGAAGUUGACUUUGAAAAGGAUUUAUUGAAAGAGGAUAAUAAAUCCACAAAAACUGACUUUGACAUAUCAGUUGAACAAAAACAAACAAUGGCUAGUGAACAAAUUUCACCAGAAUUACUGAGCAGUUUAGCGUUAGCUCCACGAAAGACCUCUGUAAAUGACUCGAAUAAUGAGUCAAUGGAGCGAGCCACUAUUGAGAAUAUGAAUGGAGUUGGAGAAGAAGUCUUGAUGGAGAAAGACGAUGAUCAAGACGAUGAGCCUAGACUCAUUAUUGCAGACGCAAGUGAAAAUGGUGACAUUGCCGAAAGUGAACUGAACAAUUCAGAUGGACUUGCCCCUAGUCGUAGUGGAAAUAUUCAAAACAGAAAUUACCUCUGCGGAAAUUGUGAUUAUAGCACUACUAGUGCUAAAACAUUUCUUCACCAUCAGCGUGAUGUUCACAAUUCUGGAAUAGCUAUUUACGAAUGUGACUUUUGUGACUACGCCACAAAAUAUAAGCAGAAACUUCCACGUCAUCGCCGCCUGCAUUUCUUUGGCAAAGAUGGCUUACAGGAGUCUGACUUAGAAAGCAGUCUAACUGAUAGAGAACUUAGAGAACAUAUGAACAAUACUAGUGUUAACAUGGAACUGUUGAAUGGUGAAGAAGACUUAGAUGAUGAUGCUGAGAUGUAUGAUGAAGAUGAUGAGGAUAUGGUUACAUUGUCAUCUCGUGAAGAACAGGUUGCAACCCCUGGUGGGUCCAUUGUGGGUGAUGUUAAGAAAAAGAGGAUCAGACAGGAAGUUGAUCCAUUAAAAUACUAUGAAGUUGUUGACGACGUUGGCGUGAAGUAUGCCUGUUCUAAAUGUGGCAAUGUGUACAAAUGGCGAAAGUCCUUGAACAAACACUGGAAAGAGAAGCAUUGUGGGGAGACGCCAGAUCUCACAAAACCUCCUGCAACUCUGCAGAAUUACACACUAUAUUCCCGCUACAAGGCCAAGUAUGGGGGCCAGCCACCCCCACCUGCAGCCCCAAAUGUUGUGUAUGGGGCAGCAGCAGCACCCCCUGCCAACCAGAUCAAACACCGGGGAACACCAACAUCCAGUCACAGUGGUUCGAGUCGCCUUGACGAGGAUCAACUCCAAUCAUUUCAGUCAGUCUCUAGUCUGUCCAAUGUUGUCAUGCCUCGAAAGAUUGGUCCAUUCAUUGGAGGUACCAACUCCAACAACAAUUCCAUGUUCAACCCAGCAGUCACUCUUGCCAGUCUUGCCAAGGGCUCGCCAAGGACUGCUGAAAGCCACCACGAUGUUCGACACAUGAUGCAUGAAUCCAUGGAAGCCAGCCGAGAGAAGGCGAAACUCAUCGAAAGAGCUCGAGAGAUGUUUAGCCAGCAAAGUAAAUCAAUGACAGCAGGAGAUGCCCAACAGAUGGAACCCCUAGAUUUUUCCAAGAAGUCAUCAGACUCCAGCAGCAAAUCCGAGACAAGCGCUAGGUCUGAGCAUUCCUGGGGCGAUAACAAUAGUGAGAGCGACAGUCUAACAGAGAUGCCUAUAUCAAUGAUGGUAUCUCAGGCCAACAAUCAGAUUGCUGCUGCCAUGAAGCAAAGCCAAGCUAUGGAAGUUGAUUCUUCAGUUCUGCAAUGUGGAAAGUGCAACUUCACUGCUAAGACACUCACUGAUUAUAGUUCACACAUGACCCUGCAUCUGAACAAACGUGCAUUCAAGUGUGCUGAAUGCCAUGCUCAUUUUACGGGUAUUGAAGAGCUGAACCAGCAUUUCCUUGACAGCCAUUCUGAGAAGAUUCAGGAACACAAGGAAGCCAUUCAGAAGAUUCCCCAUGGACUACAGCAGACAUACCAUUUGCUGAGAAUGCCACUAGACUCCAUCUCCAAUCUUUCUUCACAAGAACUGGCAUCCAAUGAACCGAAGCAGCUUAAAUGCAACAUGUGCAGCUUUGUCGCUAAAUGGCCAGCAGAGCUUCAGAAGCACGCUGUCUCACACUCAGAAGAGCGUCCGUUUGUUUGCAUGGUCUGCGGGUCAACAUACAAAUGGAAAUGGGACUUGGUAAAACACUUUGAGAAAAGCCACAGUUCCCUACCUAAUCCCUACAAGCGGCGCGAAGGCGGUGGGGUAAUGGCUGCCAACUCACCAGCCACCCCUCCCCCAGAUAUGAUGUCUACCCCAAAGCAGGAACCACCCAUGAUGAUUGACAUAGCUGCAAUGCAGGCUGGGUAUGCUGAUAAUGAAAUGCCCCCUGCUAAGAAACGCCGUCUCUCAGAGUCUGAGAUGCAACAAGGUACUGAACAUUACUUCAGAGAACUUGUGGAGAGGCAGAUGCAAGCUAGGCAUGAACUUGGUCAGCUUGAGCUACCUCCUCAUCUUAAAAUGCAUAUGCAAAACAGAGGUGCGUUUUCCGACCCCAUGCCCAAGCUGAGGAAUGAAGUGAUGAGAGAUGAGCUUGAAAACCAGACGCCUAAGAGGAAUGUUCAUGAAGCCCUGAAACAGAGACUUAACAACGGCAACAACAAGAUGGACAUUAUAACUCCUUCCCCGCCUUCUUCACUCAAAGUUGAAAAGAAGACUGACAGUAAGGGCAACGAGGUGAUGCUGCCGUAUAAAUGUACAGUUUGCGAGUAUCGAGCCAGGUGGCCAUCUGAGAUCUCCCAGCACAUGAAGAACCAUUCUAAUGAGAAGCCAUUCCAUUGCCCACGCUGUAGCUACAAGAGCAAGUGGAAGUGGGAUGUUGUUAAACACCUUCGUCGAUGCGGGGGCGGGACUGUGCAUGAUGUCAUCGACACAACCAAGGUCAAGAAGAUGGCUCCACCCAAUGUUAUGGUUAUGCCCGCCUCUUCUGGCCACCAGCAGCAAAGUCCAUCAAUGAAUUCUCACUCAAUGAAGAAGCCAAGUCCAAACCAGCCAGUCUUCCCAACAUACAGCAUGAAUCUGCCCAUAUCUCUACCAUCUUCAGUCAGCAAGAGCCUUGCAGCAAACUUUAGCAUGGUCAAGAAUGGCCUGGACAAUAGAGAGAAUAUGGACAUCGAUGGCAAUAACAGGUCGGCCUUCCGCAGUCUCACCUCUCCCAGUAUUCAUGGCUGCCCUGAGUGUCCAUUUGUUGGCAACAGUCCAACAGAACUGAAGCGCCACGCCUUGCUUCACUCCGAGGCGAAGCCAUUUAGCUGCCACACAUGUGGUUAUAGCACACGCUGGAAAUGUGACCUAAAAAAGCAUAUGAAGAAUUACGGCCAUGCCAAUACCACAAUAACACUUGACAGUGGUGACGAUGAGAUGGAAAACAACCAUGACGAAUUCACAGAGAUGUCCGAUUUAGACAGUGAUGAGGACCAGUCCACCCUAUACAUGUGUCCUCAAUGCCCAUACAAUUCAUACAAGAAAAAGGCGUAUGAGCAUCACCUCAAAAUCCACGGCGGAUGGAACAGUAUGAAUGAUGAUACCCCUGAUAAGAUGUCAAAGCAGAAAGAAAGUUCUUCCAAGUAUAAGUGCUCUAAAUGCAGUUUUCAUGGCAAUGACUUGUCGUCAUUCCUCCAGCACAAGCGAUCUCACCAGGCUGAAGAAAAUGAAGCUCAAGACAGGAGCGUUACACCAGUCAGUGAUGUUUCAAACAGAACUAUUCAGUUGAAACAUCGCAGAAAGCCAGUGAAGCAGUUGAAAUGUAGCCAGUGUCCCUAUGUCUGUUUCAAACAAGCCAGUCUAGACAUUCACGAUGCCAUGCAUAUCAUCCGAGGCUCAGAGACCUGUCUGUGUCUUUAUUGCACUUAUAAUGUGUUCAACAAGUCCCUGCUCUUGAAGCAUAUGAGACUACAUCCAGAGUACAACCCAGCUGAGUGUUCCGAAGCUGAGGGCAAGGUCACUGCUGCUGAACUGAUGGAGAUGGAAGACCUCGAAGAAAAGGAGAUCAACGGUGAUGAUUCUGAAAGCUCUGACGAGAAUAACUUUGGUGACUCUCAGAAUGAAGAUGACAUCCUGGAUUUCUCAGCAAAUGCUUCACGAACAUCUACACCCGUCAGUUUACCUAAUGGUAGUGGUAACGGUAAGCAACAACCUUCACCUACCAAUAACAAUUCCAUCCUCAGCAACAUGAAUAACAAUGAGAAGACUAGUCCCAGUUCAGGCAUGAAUCUGCCCUGUGAGUGGUGUUCAGCAACAUUCCCGAAUGUGGUUGCACUUUAUCACCACAGUCAGAGCUUGCACCCGAACCAGUUGCAAGCCCAAGAGGCUGGUGAUGUCGCAGCCCGACAGGCUCCCAGCAAGGAGUCCCCGCUGGAACAGAUUGUAAGGGAGAGGCAGCGGGAGUACCAGGUGUACCAUCAGUUUAUGGCCCGUCAACAGCCCCAGAUUGCCCUCCAGAUCCAGAGCCAGCUGCAGUCUGGAGCCCAGGGCUCUUCUGAUCUCCUCCGCAAGCUGGUCCCCCUCGCCCCCAAGCCCCAGACGUCCACCACACAAAGCCCUGGAGGACAGACGCAGCCACUGGAUGUCAACAUUCCGAUGGAUGUCUCGAGCCAAGGUGAGCAGCUUUCACCUAAUCAACUAGCAGCUCUUCGAGCAAGAAAAAGUGUCAGUCUUCAGAAGAAAGCUAGAUCAUUUCAAUGUACAAAAUGCACAUUUACAGCUCCAAAUGCAGUCACUUAUCUUCGUCAUAUUGAACGCCAUGGUAGCAACUGUAAACAUACCUGUCUUUACUGUGAUUACAGCAUAGAUCGCCUGAACCUGUUGUACCAGCACAUGAAGGGAACGCACCCAUCCAAGUGGUCUGGCACUACCGAGGAGAAGAUCAGUCUGAGUGUAAACGCAGAGGACGGCAACAAUAACUUCAUUGAGGAAGCUGAGGACAAUGCUGCAGAAGAUCCGGACGCUGAUGCCAGUGCAGAAUAUCUCAAUGGCAGAGAGGCUGCUAUCACUGAAGGUGGCGCACUGUUCGAUUUCCAGACACAAGGGCUCAAGCCGACCUUGGUGUUACUAGAUGAGACCACUUGGAGAGGUGUGCAAAUUCAGGUGUGUAGUCUCGAUGGUAGGAGACAUUUCAAGUGCCUUAAGUGUAUGUACAUAAAUUCAAAUGCAGCAAACACUGCCAACCAUUCCCAGCAGCAUGGACUGAAUCGAAAAUUUAAGUGUCACCAAUGUGACUACAGUGUGGACAACCCAAAGCACAUGCAGCAUCAUUUGGAGAGCAUUCACCCACGUGAGCCCAACUUUUCAAUGGUGAAUCCCCAGCGAAAUACGGUUCUUGUUGAUGAUUUCCCAGAAGAAAUAAACAACAAAAGUGAGUCAGGCAAGACUUCUACCAAGCAAAGCAUAGAAACAAGUCCCUAUCCUCUGCAUUCCUGCCCCAAAUGUCCAUACAAGACUACAGAGAAUGCCAAACUGCAGAUACACAUUGAGCGGCAUUCUGGUCAGGGCCGAUAUGAAUGCCAGCUGUGCGAUUAUGCUGUCGAUGAGUAUUCACAUCUCCGUCAUCACGCCAGGCUUCACAACAAGCUUUUAUUGUCACCAGGUCAGUUGGUCGAUUCUUCACACUCUGGAAGUAUGUAUUCUUAUGAAGAUCAGGAAUUUGCUAAAAGAUGGAGCGCUAACAACCCCAUUGAAAAGGCAUCCAGAAACGAGGUGUGUUUUAAAUGUAGACGUUGUCCAUAUUUCACUACCAAGAAAGCUGCCAUUCUAAAGCAUCGUCUACAUCAUAUUAACAAAGGUCCAUUUGCCUGCCAGAAAUGUUCCUUCAGUACAAACCUCACAAUUCAGCUUGAAGAGCAUGUUAAAUGCCAUGAAAACAUUCAACAGCCUCAGCCAGGAAAUUCUAUUGAGUUUCUGCUCGAUCCAUUUAGUGAGAUGUACAAAGUACUGGAGAAAUUCCCUGAUGAUUUAGAUGCACCUGAAUUUGAAGGAGAAGACAAUAUGGAUGAAAUGGAAGAACUGAUGGAUGAUGAAAGCUUGGAAGAUGACGUUGAAGCAGCUAUGAUGGAAGAAGAAUUAAGGGAAACGAUAAGGUCAGAUGGGGAUGUUAGAUCAGGCGUUGAAAGGAAUCUUAACAAUGAUGGUUCCUUCGACAAUGAGCUUCAGUUCCGAAACUACAAGUGUCAAGACUGUCCCUACAGCAGUAACAGCAAUUCUGAGUACACAAAACAUUUACGACUUCACGGUGGCGAUAAGAAAUUCAAAUGCGACUACUGCACAUACAGUCUGGAUCGCGUUAAUCUCAUCUCUCAACAUCGGAAACUGCAUUUCCAAGAAAAGGAUUUUGAAACAGCACCGUUGAUGUCAAAACUACUAAAUAAUUGUCAUGAAGAGUUUACAGCAAUGUUUGCCAAGGUUGGCAAUGAGAUUGCCUAUCCACCCGCAGAAAGUAACUCAAAGGUUGAUGACAAUUUGGAUUUGUAUAUGUACCAAAAGCUUGGUGAUGAGAAGAAUAGGUACGCCUGUAACAAGUGCCCCUACCGAUGUCAGGCCUUGAAGAGUUUCAAGUGUCACAUGCAAAUGCAUGGGCUAAACAGGAAGUACCGAUGUGACUACUGCGACUGGAGUGCAGAGAGACUCAAUCUCAUGAUUCAGCACCGCAGGGUUCAUUCAGGGGAGAAGGGCUUCCACGCAACACUGGGAGAGAUUAACUUCCUUAACCGGGAAUUCGUACUUGAAGGUGACAGUAAUGCUGAAUCUGUUGUUGGUGUGGCUCUGGCUGAUUAUCCGGAAGCACCAGUCAUGAUGUGUGAUCCAAAGUCUUCACCAAAAAAAAAUGAGCUGGGGCAGAAAAUAUACUACUGCAAGCUUUGUCCAUUCAACUCAGAAAAUUUGAAUACUUUUUCAUAUCAUAAACGACUGCAUUGUCUUCAGGCAAAGUACAGCUGCUCUGAAUGCUCAUUCAGCAUUGACAACAUUACCUCAUUAAAGGAGCAUAUCAGUCUUCACAAGAAAGAACGAGAACUUAUCUUGGCUUCCAUCAAUGAAGGGGGAAAUAAAUUGAGGUGUCCCAAGUGUCCAUACAACACGUCAAACAAAAAUCUUCUUGUCAGUCACACCGCGAUGCAUGCCUCUGGCAGAAAACAUGAAUGUAGCGAGUGUGACUUUAGUACUGACAAUUCAGCUCUUCUGACACUUCAUUUGAAGGUGCACAAGGGAGGUUACUCUGAAAAAGACUCGUUAGAGGAAGUGGAAUUACUCAUGAAGCAAGGUCCAGAUGUAAUCGGUCCCCAGUUUUAUCUGUCCAGCGCUGGUUCCCUGGAUUUGGACAGCGAAUGCAGCAACAGUUCUGAUCCAGAUCACAAGUGCGAUAAAUGUCCGUACAGUACGCCAUCAAAAGACGAACUCGGGAGUCACAACCUUGGUCAUGACUCUAGCAGCAAGCAUUCCUGCAUGUACUGUACCUUCAGCUGUGCGAAAGACGACGAUCUUUUAACUCACGUGCAGGUUCACUUCCCCUGCACUGCUGUGGACAAGGAACUUUUGCGAUCUUUAAAACGACAAAGCUACAAACGAAACAUCAUGAAAGAACUUUCCAAUAAUGAUGACAAAACAAACAAAAGUGAAAACAUCGGGGAUGAAGAACCAGAUUCCACAACUGUUAAUGAAACAUUGAGCACUGAGGUUGAGAACGUUGGGGAAGUCGUAAAAACCACCGAGGGUCGUGACAUCGAGAAAACAAAGGUUUAUGUGUGCCAGUACUGCGAACGGGAAUAUGAUGACAAGGCUAGCAUGCUGCAGCAUGAGAAACACCAUCUCGUGGGGUCAAAAUUUUAGAUCAAACAUUCUACCAGUUCGUAGAAAUAUUUAGACUAUAAAUAGACAAAAUAAGCUUUUAUGAUAAUUCUGAUUAAUUACCGAUUGAUGGUUAGUUUUAUAUCAUAAUAUUUUUAUGUUGUUAAAAGACUAGUGCUACUGAUUUUAACAAAACACAUAGUGCUUUGAGUAAAUUGAGGAAAAUGAGCAAAUAACAGAGUUUUAAAGGUCUCUGAAAACUGUGAUAAAAUAUAUAUGUUAGGGGACCUAUGUCCAACAUCUUCCAAGUGAAAUCAGGGACCAGUAUAUAAAAGGGGCCAUACAAUGUUUAUUCUUGUAAAUGUUGUGUAACUGUAUAUCAUUCCAUUGAUUUUGUAUAAGCGUUCACAAUAAUUUUAUACACACUUUUUGAACAAGUCUUCCAUUUUGGAAAAAAAUGUGUUCAAUUCUAUUUGUGCCUUAAAAUAUUUACAUUUGUUGUAAGAACUCGUUUUGUAAAAUGACGUUUUUAUUGAACAAAUUAAAAAGUAACAAUUUGAAAGUAUUUUGACAUUUUACCAUUAGUAUAGGUUUUGACUUUGUAUUUUAACUAAGGAUACAACUGUUUUAUUUAUCAUAUUAUAAUGAUUGUUGUAUAUUUUGAAUGUAACUGUGUAUAUAGUUAAUAAUGUCAGAAAACAUAUUCAAUAAUUAAACUAUGACCAUAUCAUGAUUAUUAUGUACAAAUAUUUAAAAAGUGCAAUUUUUCAUAAUACUGUUUCUCUAGUGAACAACCGAUGUGUUCUGUAGCUACACAUGUAGCUACACAUGUUGUGUAGUUUGUAUUUUUUGUUUACAUAAAUUAUAUGAUGUGUAAAGAUAAUAAUGUUAUAUUGAAUAAAUGAUAGGAUUUCGUUCAGUAUGUAUUAUUUUUUAUUUUUUCUUGGCAUUUUAAGAAAAAUGUGCAAUUAACUGUGUUGUAAAUAUUGAAUGAAUGUUUUUAAAUUGACUCGUUCACGUCUUAUGGGGUUAGAUGUUUCAAAACAAAAUCGUCCUUUAAAUAAUAAACAUCAAAAGUUUAAUAAGAGCUUUAUUGUUAAAAUCUAUUUCAAAAUAUGAGGGAAAAAAGUCUAUUUUGCCAAAAAGUGUUUGUAUGGCUAUUGAAAUUUGAAUGAAUUUAGACAAAAAAAUGCAAAUAUCUAUUCAAAUGAGUGUUUGUUACUUGGGGGUUGGUGUUCGUUCAUAUAAGUUUGUGAAUAAGGAAUUUAAACAAAUUUCAACAUAUUCUGUCAAAGAGUCAGUUUAAAACCUUCUUCAAAUGGAUAGCUAUAAGUGUACUUUAGUUAGGUAAAAUGUUUUGCCAAAAUUGGACCAAAUUGUGGAAAAAAACUAAAUUAAAAGUUAAAAAAAGACAUUGUACAAAAUGAAAUUCUCUUGAAUUUUUUUUUAUUUUUUUAAAUUAGAUGAAACUUAUAGGUCAAUUCCUGAAUAUAAAAAAAAAUUUGAUAUGAUUUAGAUUUUUUCUGGAGAGUGGUCCAAAUACGGAACAUAGAAAUCAUUGUCUUCCAUGAUUUGUACAGAAAAAUGUAUAUACAUGUACAUACAUAUAUCUUCCAUAUAUUUAGUUGCUAGUAGAUUAUUGAAUAAUGUCUGAAUGUAAGCUAUUAUCUAUUGCGCAUAUAGGAAUUAUUAUCCUCAAAGGAAAUACCGUUACUUAAUAAGAAAUGAAACUAACAUUAAUUGAAAAAAACAUUGGAAAUAUUCCAAUGAAACACAUGUUGCCUAAUACCAUACCCACAUGCAUAGCAAGGCCCAUAAUACUUGCUUUAGUAUUUGUUGAGUUUAGCCCCUCUAUUACCGAAAUUACUCAUCUACUCAAUAAAUUAAAAACUUGGGCUAGUAAAUAAGGAAGUAAAAUUUAUUUUUAAAUCAAUAAAAAAUCUUUUAAGUACACGAGAAGUAUAGAUUUAUUUAUUUGUUUCUAAAUAAGAUUUAUUAAUUUGUUUUUAAAUAGCUAAGUGACCUUUAGGGGAUGUGACACAUUUGUUUAUGUUUUAGUUAAAAUAUUUCCUAGUAACUGCCUGAAGCAUUAUUUAAAUUACAUUGCCCUUUGAAACUUACCUAAGUAACGGUGUCUGGUAGUAUGUUGCUUCAUUAGUUCACAUGAAAGUAGCUUCGAUAAUGUCAUGUAAUGAUUUCUGGAUAAGCAAAAUUGAUGUAAUAAUUUGAGACAUGUUGUCUUCUUACAUUUCAGUCAUGCAGUCUUGCCGAAACUGUUGCGCAUAUUUGAUUUUGCAUUUUUCAUGGUAAUUUGCCAUUUGAGGCAUUAACUAUUUGCCCUAACUGGCAAAUAGACAUGAAAAGAGCCAAAUACCAUAAUAGUCUUUUGGUGUUUUUUUAAGAACUGUGUCAGUUAUAAACCCUAUAUAUUCGGCUGUUUAAGCCUUAUGCAUACAAAACAUUCCAAUAUGAGGCCUUUGAGAACAACUUCGUUGUUCUGUUUAUCGCCUUAACUGUUUUUUGUGUGUUUUUUUUUUAUAAUUAUUGUCAUCACAUACUAUGUCUGUUCCAUUGUUUAUAGUUAAAAAUUGUUACAAUGCACAUUUUCACCUCAGAAUGGAGUACAUUGUUGGACUUUGUAACGGUGCUGUGGACCUACAAAGAAAUAAACUGUUGUCUGUUUAUAUUUUCUUUAUACAUAUAUAUAUUACCAUGUUAUAUACUGAUAAUUGAGUUUAUGAUCAAGAUUAUUAUUUUGAAUUACUAAGAUAAGUCGAUUAUAAGUAUCCUAGUACAAUUAAUUCAAAUUUUUUGGGGAAAUAAUUAUUCGAUAUAAUUUUUUUUUGGAAAUUUAUAAAGUCUUAAGUUUUUUGGCUCUUUUUGGUUGCUUUUUAAUGAGACAUUUCAGUUCCCUUACACAAAUUCUGUUUCGACUUUUUGCUUCUAAAACAAAUUAUGAACAGUGAAUAAAAUAUAUUUAAAAUUUUGUUUCAUAACUUCCUCAUUUAUUGCAUUAACUUUGUAGAAUAUUUAACUAGUCUUAAUUUUUCCUUUCAUUUAUGUUUCUUGUACAGUUCGACUUAUUAUGUUUCGUUUUAUUUGCAAGUUUCAAAAUGACAUGAGAUUUGUUUUGACUUGCGAUCACUUUCAUAUAUCUAUGCAAUAUUAUACCAAUUGUCAAUAAUAAAAAUAAUAUGUC